ACAAAUAAAGAGGGGAAGGCGAGACCAGUUGAAAGCUGAAACCCUCCUCACUUCCACGCCUCUCCUCCCUUUCCACACUUAGCUACCUCCUACACUCUCCUCUACCUCCUAACACUCUCCUCAUGUCUUCUGGUGGUGGCGGAGGAGGGGAUCAAGACCGUCAUGGUGGCCUCUACCACCAGCACGGCCACGGCCACCUCGUUCGCGCUGAGGAUGCCGCCACUGGCUACCAGUUCAACAGCAACGACAUCGAGAGCUUCUUCAGCCAACAGCAUGUGGGCAUCGGUGGCGGUGGGAGCUCCGCCGACGAGAUCGUGCCGUACCCGAGCAUCACGGGCUACCUGCAGGGUUUCUUGGACCCCGCCGGGCAAGCUUGGCACCUCGACGUGCCGACUCAGGACGUGCCGACCAAGCACGAGCUGUCGGUCGACGUGAGGAGCUACGAUCUAGACAGCCAGGGUACCGGCAGCGCUGCAGGAGAAGGCGCGGCGCUGCUCACGCCCAAAUCGUCGGUGUCUUUCUCGUCCAGCGGCGGGGAGGGGGAGGGAAAGUCUCACCGGUGCAAGGGCCCGGCGAAGGAGGCGGACGAGGAGGAUGGAAAAAAUCAGCAGGAUGAUGAGGAAAAUCCCAAGAAAACGAAUAACAAAGUGACCAAGAAGAAAGCCGAGAAGAGGCAGCGGCUACCACGCGUGUCCUUCCUCACCAAGAGCGAGGUGGAUCACCUCGAGGACGGCUACCGCUGGCGCAAGUAUGGCCAGAAGGCCGUCAAGAACAGCGCAUACCCAAGGAGCUACUACCGGUGCACGACACCCAAGUGCGGGGUGAAGAAGCGGGUGGAGCGGUCGUACCAGGAUCCGUCGACGGUGAUCACAACGUACGAGGGGCAGCACACGCACCACAGCCCCGCCAGUCUCCGGGGAAGCGCCGCGCACCUUUUCAUGCCGCCUGGCCUUCACGGGCUGCCGCCGCCACACCUCAUGCCGCCGGGAGCAUUCCAUCCGGACCUGAUGAGCAUGAUGCACAUGCAGUACCCAAGUCCUGACAUGUACUUGCCUCCACCAAUGGCAACUCCUAAUGCUGCUCUUCAGCAGCAGCACUUUACUGACUACGCGCUAUUGCAAGACCUCUUCCCUUCAACAAUGCCCAACAACCCAUGACUAAUUAACUCAUGCAGAUACAUUUAGAUAAUUAGCUAGACUUAGUAGAUAUUAUGUUUUCCAAAUGCUGGAUUUGCGCCAGAUGUGAUCGCCAGGGUACCCUUGAGAAUUGGUCUAUGCAUGGUAUUGGUAUUAAUGAUCAAUUUGCUAGCUGCAAAAUUUCA